GUGGUCGACCACUUUCAUCGAAAAUGGCAGGACUAACAACAAGCUUGAUGUCUUUUCGAAUAUCCGUCUCGAUCACUUCAACACAGAUGGCCAGAGACUUCAACCAGGCCCUCAAGCUUGCGCUUCCUGGCGAAAAGGUCGGCGAGAACCUCCUGUAAGACGACCCACCUGUGGUUGCUUAAAUUUCCCAUACGAGUCCAGUGCUCUACCACUAGGCUCCUGACGAGGUCGUCUUACAUCGGCAAGGAGCUUGGAUGGCUGGUCCUGUGAUCGCUUGAAGGAUUCGGACCGUUCCACGUUACAAACCAAAGGAGCCGUGGUUGGUUUCCUGCCCAAAGCAACAAGUCACUGGAGUCUGAUACCAAGAUCAUGGGCUUCCAAGGUUCAUUCAGGUCAUGGAUGAAAGAGGAUAUGCGGCCGACUUUGCAAGCGACGGCAGAUCCUGUUGAUUGAUGAAAAGCAACUUUAUACAAAAUGAAACCCUUUAAAGCAGCAAGACGUAUGCAUUAACAUUCCCAGAGGCUGGCCGCCUGUCAUAGAGCCGCUACGAAGGAAAGCAAGAAACCCAGGACACUGCCCAUGGUUAUUGGGACGAAGGCGGGGUGUGCCGCGGCAACCUGCACCAUGCCUGACGAGCCUGUUGGCUCAGAAGGAGGAGGAGCUGCGCCAUCUGAGUUUGCAGAACACUGUUAGCUUCGCCACUGUUAAGAAGGGCACGCUUGAUGACUUACCAUGCGGCGGCGGCGCCGGUGAUACGUCGUUCUCGUUGGCCGGCGGCGCAGGAGCAGGGGCGGCGCCGCCAGCAGGGGCAGCUCCACCAGCCGGGGCAGCACCUCCAGCCGGGGCAGCUCCGCCCGCCGGGGCAGCACCUCCAGCAGGAGCAGCAGGAGCGGCAGGAGCAGCAGGAGCGGCACCUCCAGCAGGAGGGGCGCCUCCAGCAGGGGGAGCGCCUCCAGCCGGAGCAGCGCCUCCAGCAGGCGGGGCGCCUGGGGCACCUGGGGCACCGGGAGCACCGGGCUGAGCUCCGGGCUGACCACCACCAGGCUGUGGGCCGACGUCAGGGUGAGGUGCGCCGCCCGGGGCAGUACCUGGGAUAUUGUUGGGGCCGGCGCCGGGGCCUCCGCCAGGGGAGCCUGGGGGACCGGGAAGAAUAGGCUGUCCGGGUCCAGCGGGGCUGUCGAUACAAACGGCGUAUGCCGGCGAACCUUUGGGUGCACCCAUGGGCUCGGACAUACCCUUCAUGUAAGGGCAGCCCUCGGCGGGGUAGGUGAGAGUGGCAAUGACGGGCUUCUCGCCGCACUCGUGGCAGGUCUGCACGCCGACGGCGAAACCGAAGGGGACCUGAGGGGCCUCAGUCACGCUGGGCUUCGCAGACAUGCCGGCAUAAACCUCGGUGACGACGUAUUCUUGCUUGGAGAGACCGGUCGGGCAGAAGACGUCGUAGGUCGUGGUGUAGAUGUUUGUGUGGGCACAUGUGUCACAGCCGCAGCUGUCACACUUGGGCGCCUGCACGAACACCUUGACGGGGCCAUCUUCCUUGGGCUUUGCAACAGGGGUCGGGCAGGCAACAUCGCAGGUGGGCUUGACCGCAGCCCCUUUGUUGGUAAAGCAAGCGGUGACUGUCGCGGUGCGGACCUCAAGUGGGCAGUAUUCCGCCGCUGCGAUGGGGGCCAGCAUGACCGCCGCCAUGAAGGCGGAAAGGGAACGGACGUUGGUGCUCAUUUUCUCCAGUUUGAUCGUCGCUGUGUCGCUUCAGGAACAAGAGGGCCUAAUGAAAGAGUGGACUGGGAGACAAGACGAGGAAGCGUCUUAGUGCUGACCCAAAGGGGCGUUGGCUUCAGAAAAAGAGUGUGAUAAAAAGCGACUGUCGAGUAUUACCGAAGCGAUCGCCUGGUUUCGUCUUCGCUAGAGGAAGAUGAAUCCGGGAGAAACGAGUUAAAUAGAAAGGUGCUGGCUGUUGCUAACGAUCGGUUCCGUCCUCCAGAUAUGGGAACUUCCUUUGGAGCAAUCUGAGCAGCAUUCCAGCCUCAUCCUGCUGGAAUCAGCCUGUCAGCCUGUCACCGUUGUGGCUUCAUCGUUGGCGGUGUCUCAGGUACCGGCCUUAGCCGCUCCGUGGCGCUGUGGUUCUUGGCUGAGUCAACCGUUGAAGCCCUGGAGCUCUACCCGAAUGACGAACUAUAUUGGUGUAUCUGGAGGCGAGAUCUCCAGCACUAUAUAUCCCCGCCGAUCAGAUCAAGUCGCGUGGUCGCGUCGCGGGGUUGAGUUUAAGUGCCUUUUACGAGUCGGAAUGCCAAUGGUACUGCUUAGCCUCACUGUCGAUGCUGCUCAAUGGGUUCCCAAUGCUGGAACACGAAACGCGAAUCUUUCCCAUUCCUGUUUCGCUCGCAGACGAAAACGCGUCCCAGAUCCAUUAGAAUAUGAAUCGUAUCAGCCUUGGUCGGAAUAUAUAUCUGGUGGGUGGCCACCGGCCAGUCCUCCGUUCAUCUGCUAACCUCAGCACGACCUUCUUCUGCCUUGCAUUAUUUCCUUGCCCUUGUACUCGAGCAAGAAGAUGGCGCCAACAAUCCGCGCAUGGCUCACUCUUGGGUUGCUAGCUCUUGCGUCCCCCCUUGCAGCCGAACCCCUUCGUCGGAGACAAAAAGACUUUGCUGCGGUUGAUGUUGGGAACCUGGCCGCCGUCGACGAGCGGGAUCUGUACGGUGGGGCGGCAUCGAUCUGCUUCACAUACACGACAGAAUAUCUUGCCGCGCCGGGCAUAACUCCAGUUCCUCUUGGUCCAUAUGGGCAAGGGCCAGCUGGGCCCCAAGGUCCUCCCGGACCUCCCGGACCUCCUGGGCCCCCUGGCCCUCCCGGUUCGUCAACGAUUCCUGGGGCGGGCCCAAUCGUAACGACAGUGUCUGUUGCUCCCGGAUCUUCAUUCAGCGUCAGCAUUUCCUCGUUCUUCAGCAGUCUAGGCGACCAGGUCGUGGCCUUCACGACGAACCCACCGGUGAGCUGGAUAUUCUAUGAUCCAGUUACCAAGUCCUUCUACGGCAUCGUACCGUCCAACCAACCCGCAGGCAUCAUUCAGAUCUUCGUACGAGUAACCAACCCAGUUACUAGGUUCACUUACUCCUUCGUGAUCCAACUCAAUAUUACAAUUGGCACAGGGCCGAAUCCAACACCGACUGGUCCUUCACCAAGCUCAUCCGUCUCUCCUAGACCGUUGCCAAGGGAGACGAUAUAUGUCGGCAGCCCCUUCGCUAUAGACCUGGUUAAGUAUCUGCAGCUUCCCACAGAUACCGUGAAUAGACUCACAACGAGCCCCGACACGCCCUUUCUCAACGUCGACUUGAAUACAUCAACCAGACAAAUCAUUGGCAUUGUUCCACCGGACUACCCAAGCUACCCCAUUACCAUCCUUGCCACUCUGACAACUACUACCCAGGCAGGAGAGGCGAGGCUGGUCUACGGGAGUGUGAGCGUCACCGUACAGCUCUACAUCAUUAUUCUCGGCCCUAUCGUUCCUCCUACCCCUGGCCCUGGCCCAGCUACCACAAGCGGCAACCUCAUUCCCACAACACCCGCCAACAAUGGCAACGGCUCUCCAACCAACAACCCUCCAAUACCGCCUACUCCAAACCCCAGUGGCGAUGGCUCGAGUACGGGACAACUCACCAGCAAUGGCAACGGCUCUCCAACCAACAACCCUCCAAUACCGCCUACUCCAAACCCCAGUGGCGAUAGCUCGAGCACGGGACAACCUCCCGUACCAAAUCCCAGCAGCAGUGGAUCACCAUCAACCACUGGUGGUGGUAAUGGUGGCGGCGGGGGCGGGGGCAGCAGUUCGGAAAUACCACCCAUCCCAAGCCCAAGUAAUAACGGAACUACACCAACAUCUAGUGGAGGAGGUGGAGGUGGCGGAGGCGGCGGGGCCAGUAGUUCACAGCUGCCACCCGUCCCAAACCCAAGUAACGACGGAACUACACCAACAUCUAGUGGAGGUGGCGGAGGUGGCGGGGCCAGCAGUUCGGAAAUACCAUCCGUCCCAAACCCAAGUAACGAUGGAACUACACCAACAUCUAGUGGAGGUAGUGGAGAUGGCGGGGGCAGCAGUUCACAGCUGCCACCCGUUCCAAACCCAAGUAACGACGGAACUACACCAACAUCUAGCAGCUCGCAGGUGCCCCCUGUUCCAACCACCCCAAGUAACGACGGAACUGUUCCAACAUCUGCUGGAGGUGGCGGAGGUGGCCUGGGUAGCAGUUCGCAGGUACCACCCGUUUCAAGCCCGAGUAACGACGGAACUGUACCAACGUCUGCUGGAGGUGGCAGUGGGGGCAGCAGUUCGCAAGUACCGCCCGUUCCAAGCUCAAGCAGCGACGGAACUAUACCGACAUCUGCUGGAGGUGGAGGUGGCAGCGGGGGUAGCAGUUCACAAGUACCACCCGUUCCAAGCCUAAGCAGCGACGGGACUACAACAACAUCUGCUGGAGGUGGUGGAGGUGGCAGCGGGGGGAGUAGUUCGGAAGUGCCACCCGUUCCAAGCCCAAGCAGCGACGGGACUGUAACAACAUCUACUGAAGGUGGUGGAGGUAACGGUGGCGGCGGCGGCGGUGGUGGCAGCAGUAGCCUGUCUUCCACGUCGGCGACUUCAUCCUCAACUGGGCUCACGCUAACGACAUCUGUUGGAAGUGGUGGAGAUGGCAGCGGAGGCAGCAGUUCACAAUUACCACCCUUUCCAAACCCAAGCAGCGACGGGACUACAACAACAUCUGCUGGAGGCGGUGGAGGUAACGGUGGUGGUGGUGGUGAUGGCGGUAGCAGCCUGUCUUCCACAUCGGCGACUUCAUCCCCACCAACUGGGCUCACGCCGACGACCAGCAAUGGAGAUAACGGCGGUGGCGAUAAUAGCAGCAGCGGCCUGUCUUCCACAUCGGCGACUUCAUCCCCAACAACUGGGCUCACGCCAACACCCAGCAAUGGAGGUGACGGCAAUGGUGGCGAUAAUAGCAGCAGCAGCCUGUCUUCCACGUCGGCGACUUCAUCCUCAACUAGCCUCACGCCAACGACCAGCAAUGGAGAUAACGGCGGUGGCGAUAAUAGCAGCAGCCUGUCCUCCACGUCGGCGACUUCAUCCUCACCUGGGCUCACGCCGACGACCAGCAAUGGAGGUGCCUCAUCGAGCGGGUCGACGGGAUCAUCUUCAAUCUCUUCUGCGUCAUCAAGCCCGACCCCUUUCAUCUCGCCCUUGAUACCUCUCACCUGCGUUGGGCCAUCGUACCAAAUCGUUGGCAGAGAUCUUUACACUCUGAACAUCGGUGGCGGUCUCUUCGGCCUCCUAAGGAGUCUGGUGGACACGAUAACCGGUCUAUUUGCCCCACCGAUCAAUGCCAUAGGAUACCACUCGGGGCAAAACUACCUAUAUGGAGUCGCUUUCAGCCUGAGCCCGCAAGCUAUUGUGCGGAUAGGCGCUGGUGGAUUAUACGAGUUCGCAGGACCCACGUUCCAGAUCCCAGCGAGCGUGACCACAGAACUGCUCCUGAUCGGCGACAUCGACGGUGCCCAGCAAUACUGGCUGGGCCACGGCGGCGGCAGCGGCUGGGUGCGGGUCAACUUGGACGCAACCAGCGCCACAUACGGGCAGGUCGUCGGCUACGGGGCCGCGGCCAACAAGAGAUGGAACGUGGGCGACUGGGCCUGGGUGCCCCAGUAUCCCAACAGGCUCUACGCGCUCGGCCAGGAGGUCGUCAUCCUCGGCCUCCUCGUGACCUACAACACCCACCUGGUCUACUUCGACACCAUCGCGCUCGCCUGGGUGGAGGUCCGCACCUUCUUCAACGUCGCCGGCGGCCUGCUCGGGGGCCUGGCCGACUGGGGCGCCGUCUACACCGCCAACGACGGCAACAUCUACGCCACCGAGUCCAACACCGGCCAGACGUGGCGGUUCCCCCUCGACCCGGCGUCGACGGUCGCUGCCUCGUUCGUAUAUCAGGGCAUCCUUCCUGUUGCCCGCCCGAUCGACGGUGCCAGGUGCCCCUUCAACAACGAUCUCACCGCGAAUCUCAUCGGCCCAUGA